UUGGAGAUCCAUUUAGAUCUCCAUAAGGGAAGAGAAGGAAAAAAAUAAAUAAAUAAAUAAUAAAAAAAUGGCUUGUAAUCAUUAUUAUUCAUGGUUUUAUCUUGUUUUCUUCUUUUUCCUUAUUGGACUAGCCACCUCUUCCUCCUUCAUCUCCCAUGAUGCACUUGAUGUUCAUGGACAUUCUGGCCGUACCCUUCUACAGGCCAAGAAACAGUGCAAUGUGAGUUUUGAGAAUAUGGACUACUCUGUACUCACAAAAAAUUGCAAGGGACCUCAAUACCCAGUCAAGAAUUGUUGUGAUGCUUUCAAGCAAUUCGCUUGCCCUCAAGCUGAAGUCUUAAACGACAGAACAAAUAACUGUGCAGAAACAAUGUUCAGCUACAUAAACCUCUAUGGGAAAUAUCCUCCAGGCUUGUUUGCCAAUAUGUGCAAAGAAGGUCAACAAGGUCUCGAAUGCGACUCGGGGAAUAAUUCUUCCUCAACUGGAGUUCAUGUCGCAGCGACUCAUUCCGCAUCCCUGAUGCUCACUGCAGGGCUGAUAGGGUUAUAUUUCCAGUUGUUCUAGAUGAGAUAUACAUGUUCUUCCAUUGCUAAAAUAUGUGUGUGUCUCCACAUUCUGUGCUAGAGUUGGUAUUCUUCUUCUAAUUAUAGUUGCCUCAAUAGGAUAAUCUCAUAAUCUAUUUCUUUGUGCAUCACUAGAUAGAUAAAUUAUGAAAUUGAGACAAUCUUCUUUGAUUUAUUAUGCAGUAAUUUGGAUUGUUAAUUAUAUAUGUUGGAAGU